GUUAUGUUUUUAACAGAGAUGCCCGCGUAAAAUUAAUUAAUUGACAAGUUAAAGAACCACACCACACUAGUUUAGAGAUGCUUGCUUACAUUAUGCAGUGCUAAUUUUGCACUAAAAAUAUGGUUCCUUCAUCCAUGGUCGCUAACCUGCCACUGACAGUGACAGUACAGUGUACUCGAGCCGCUGUCUCCAGACCAUGAAUAUGUUAGACCAGCGAAAGCAGUUCGUUCUGUCAUGGACAUGGACAGGUGGCAGCACUCUCAGGCCUAUUCAGAUCUGAUGGGCUUUCUGGUAGCCAUGAACGAAAAAGUGAAAGGCGCGAAGCUGGGAGAUGAUUGCCAUGUAUCGCCCGUUACCGAAGGAUUAUUAAAAGUGUUGGAAAAGAUGGAUCAGUGGAUUGAUGAGACGCCACCUAUUGAUCAACCACAGAGGUUUGGUAACAAAGCCUUUAGAAUAUGGUUCGCCAAGUUACAAGAGAAUAUUGAGGAAGAGCUGAGAAAUGCUUUGCCUGCAAACUUCCACAGGGCUGUUGCUGAGGUUAGCACUUAUCUUGUUGAGUCUGUCGGAAACUCAACGAGGAUUGACUACGGAACCGGUCAUGAGGCUGCCUUUAUCAUGUUUCUCGUAUGCCUUUACAAAAUCGGUGUGUUGGAGGAAGGCGACUCGAAAGCGACAGUGCUCAAGAUUUUCGUGAGGUAUUUGGAUCUUGUACGAAAGCUGCAGGUGACAUAUAGGAUGGAGCCGGCAGGCAGCCAUGGAGUUUGGAGCCUCGACGACUUCCAGUUUGUGCCCUUUAUCUGGGGCAGUGCUCAGCUCGUCGGCCAUCCAUCGAUACUGCCGUAUCACUUCACAGAACCAAAGCAAGUUGAUGAGACGAGCAAAGAUUACAUGUUAAUGGGAUGCAUUCAGUACAUCAACAAGGUGAAAACCGGAUUGUUUGCAGAGCAUUCUAACCAGCUGUAUCACAUAAGUGGGGUGGCUUCCUGGUCUAAGGUCAACUCUGGCUUUUUUAAGAUGUACAAAGUAGAGGUGCUCAGCAAAUUCCCUGUCAUUCAGCACGUUCUUUUUGGAUCACUGAUUACCAUCGACAAAGCAACCACGCCACCCCCCAGGAUAUGAACAACACGGUAAACACCAUAUUAGUCUCAGGAUAUGAACAACAAGACACACACGACCCCUCACCUUCAGGAUAUGAACAACAAGACACACACGAUCCCUCACCUUCAGGAUAUAAACAACAAGACACACACGACCCCUCACCUUCAGGAUAUGAACAACAAAGCAAACAUCACCCUCCCUGCCAAAAUAUGAUGAACAAGAUAAUAUACACAGCUGUGGCUGUGUGCUAUGUGUGGAUCAUCAAUGUGCUGCCCAGUGUAUGACAAUUAGUAGAUAAAUAGAUAUGUAGGCCUCAAAACGUUUGCGUAAAGUCUGUGCUAUCUAACGUAGGCCUACUUUGCUCAGUGAUAGUGGCGAUGCAAGGCAAGAGGUAAUUUCUUCUUAAUAUAGGUAUUGAGAGGGCAGUUUUAAUUGAUACCAUGUGCCUUCUAUCGUCAGCCUUCUGUCAGUUACAGAGAGUCUAUUUGAUGUUUGCCAUGACAGGAACAUUGUUGUAAAUAAUAUUAAUAAAUGUACAGCUGAGGAGAGCUGCGUAGAACUGCAUA